CAGUGAAGGAGAAAGUGAAAGUAAGUUCAGUUUCCUCCAUUAGAAGAGAACAGAAGUCCGGAUUGACUCGGUAAGUUCAGAACUGAAGAGAAUGUAGAACAGAACCGUGUAGCUUAAAGUCAGAACCGGUUCUAAAGGUUCCUCAGAUCCAGAACCGGUUCUUUAAGCUCAGCUCAGUGUCCGAUUCCACUGGAAGAACCAGGAUCAGCAUGGAGAUCUGAACCGGGCCUGGAUCAGACCUGGACCUGGUCUAGAUCAGACCGGCUGGAGAACAAUCAGCUGUAACAGAUCAAUAAUGCUGUAAACUGAAGAGAAAUGCGCAGAUAUAGAUCGAUAUUUAUUGAUCACAGUGUAGUUUAUGCUGUUUAAAGCGCAUUACUGCUUAAUGUGGGCUUUGAUCUGUUGGGGAGAUAAAAACACGGAGCUGCUAUAAAGGCGUGUUUAUAUGCAGUAGCGCUGUUCAACCAGCAGGGGGAGCAACGGAGCUCAAGAUCACGUGGGGUUCCAGCUGUGUGUGAAUGAAGAAGAGUAAAUGAUGGAUCCUCAGAACUCCAGCAGUGGAGGAGGAGCCUCUGUCCUAAAGAGGAAGAGAGCAGCAUCUCCAGCCCCCAGUGGAGUGUCUAUGAAGAGUGAUCAGUCCAUGGAACCACCUCUAAAGUUCAGCAGAGGAGGAGGAAGCUCUGGGUCUCGAACUGAAACCCAGAGAGGAGCUUCUCCAGAACCCAGUGGAGUGUCUAUGAAGAGUGACGCCUCCAUGGGUACUCCUCCGCAGUUUAGCGGUGAAGCUGUGACCUCUGACCCAAAAGAGAAGAAAAAGAACAUCUGUAAAAACCUGGACAGUAUAUUUAAGGAGCUGCAGCAGAAAUGUAUCUCUCUAGUGAAGAACGAGCUGAACUCAUUCAAGAAACUCCUGAGUCCAGAUUACCCAGCAUGCUCUGAGAAAGAGGUGGAGGAUGAUCAGAGGGAGGGGGUGCUGAAGAUCACACUGCAUAUCCUAAGGAACAUGAAGCAGACAGACCUCGCCAACACACUAGAGAGCAAAUUGGCCCCAGCAUUUCAACAAAAACUAAAAUCCAAACUGAGGGAAAAAUAUCAGAGAAUUAAUGAAGGAAUCUCAGGUCAUGUAAAGUCAGCACUUCUAAAUGAGAUCUACACUGAGCUCUACAUCACAGAGGGAGGGAGUGAGGAGGUAAAUCAGGAACAUGAGGUGAAGCAGAUUGAGGCUGCAUCCAGGAAAAGCUCAACACAGGAAACACCAAUCCAAUGUAAUGACAUAUUUAAACCUUUACCAGAACAGAACCAGUUCAUCAAAACUGUACUGACUAAAGGAGUUGCUGGAAUUGGAAAAACAGUCUCUGUGCAGAAGUUCAUUCUGGACUGGGCUGAAGGAGAAGCGAAUCAGGAUGUUCUCUUUAUAUUUCCACUUCCUUUUAGAGAACUGAAUCUGAUGAAGGAGACGAAGCUCAGUCUGGUGAAUCUUCUUCAGCGCUUCUUCCCAGAAACACAAGAUUUAAAACCAAGACAUUAUAAGAGCUACAAGACUUUGUUCAUCUUUGAUGGUCUGGAUGAGUGUCGACUUCCUCUGGAUUUCCAGAACAAUGAGAACUUGGUGAAUAUGGAAGAGGAAACCUCAGUGGAUGUUCUGCUGACGAACCUCAUCAAGGGGAAUCUGCUUCCCUCUGCUCUCCUCUGGAUCACCUCUCGACCAGCAGCGGUCAGUCAGAUCCCUCCUGAGUGUGUUGAUCAGGUAACAGAAGUGCGGGGUUUCAGUGACCCUCAGAAAGAGGAGUACUUCAGGAAGAGGAUCAGGAAUCAGGACCUGGCCAAAAAAGUCUUCACACACAUCAGGUCUUCAAGAAGCCUCUACAUCAUGUGCCACAUACCGGUCUUUUGCUGGAUUGCAGCCACUGUUCUAGAGAGAAUGCUGAGUGAAGCUGAGGGUGGAGAAACACCCAAAACCCUGACGCAGAUGUUCACAUGCUUCCUGAUCUUUCAGAUCAAACACAAGAGCCAGAAGUACAGUGGGAAAAGUGAAACUGAUCCUCAGCAGACUAGAGAAAGUAUCCUGGCUCUGGGGAAACUGGCGUUCCAGCAGCUGGAGAAAGGAAACCUGAUUUUCUAUGAGGAAGAUCUAAGAGAGAGUGGCAUCGAUAUUACAGAAGUAUCAGUGUACUCAGGAGUGUGUACCCAGAUCUUCAGACAGGAACAUAAGCUGCUGAACCUGGGGAAGGUUUUCAGCUUUGUACAUCUGAGCAUUCAGGAGUUCCUUGCUGCUUUAUAUGCGUUUCUCUGUUUCAACACAAAGGAUCGGAAAAUUCAAACCACUGAACAGCAAACCACUGGACUAUCUGGGAUUUUCAGCAGGACAUCAAUGAAUGACUUCCUCAGCAGUGCUGUGGAUAAAGCCUUAGAGAGUGAGAGUGGACAUCUGGACCUGUUCCUUCGCUUCCUUCUGGGUCUCUCACUAGAAUCUAAUCAGAAUCUAUUACAAGUCAUACUGACACAGACAGAGACGAUCUCCCACAACAGUGAGGAAACAAUCAAAUACAUCAAGAAGAAGAUUGAGGAGACCUCCUCUCCAGAGAAAUCCAUCAAUCUGUUCCACUGUCUGAAUGAACUAAAUGACCAUUCUCUGGUGCAGGAAGUGCAGAAAUGCUUGAGUGGAGGUGGUGACCGUCUUCUUCAUCAGGCCAGCCUCUCUCCUGCUCAGUGGUCAGCUCUGGUGUUUGUGUUGGUGAAUUCAGAAGAAGAGCUGGAGGAGUUUAACCUCAGUAAAUAUGGUGCAUCAGAGGAGUGUUUUCUGAGGCUGCUGCCAGUAGUCAAAAUAUCCAGAAGAGCUUUACUGGCUUCAUGUAAUCUUGGAAAAAAGACAUGUGAAAAUAUGGAAUCAGUUCUAAAGCUGGAAAACUCCUCCCUGAAAGAGCUGGACCUCAGUAACAAUAACCUGCAGGAUUCAGGAGUGGAGCUGCUCUCUGAUGGACUGAAGAGUUCACACUGUAAACUGCAGAUUCUCAGACUAGCUUCAUGUAAUCUUGGAGUAAAGACCUGUGAAAGUCUGGAAUUAGUUUUAAAGCUGGAAAACUCCUCCCUGAUAGAACUGGACCUCAGUAACAAUAACCUGCAGGAUUCAGGAGUGGAGCUGCUCUCUGCUGGACUGAAGAGUUCACACUGUAAACUGCAGAUUCUCAGAUUUGCUUUGUGUAACAUUGGAUUAAAGAUGUGCACAAUGCUGGAAUCAGUUUUAAAACAGGAAAACUGCUCCCUAAAAGAAGUAGACCUUAGUAACAAUGACCUGCAGGAUUCAGGAGUGGAGCUGCUCUCUGCUGGACUGAAGAGUUCACACUGUAAACUGCAGAUUCUCAGAUUAUCUGGCUGUAUGAUCACAGAAAAAGGCUGUUCUUCUCUGGCUUCAGCUCUGAGUUCAAAUCCCUCCCACCUGAAAGAGCUGGAUCUGACCUACAACCACCCAGGAGAGUCAGGAGAGAAGCUGCUUUCUGCCAGACUGGAGGAUCCACACUGCUCACUGGAGACACUCAGAAUGGAACAUGGAGGCGAGAUCAGAAUCAAACCUGGAUUAAAGAAAUACAGCUGUGAUUUCACACUGGAUCUAAACACAGUAAACCGUUAUCUCUUUCUGAGUGAGGAGAACAGGACUUUGGAGUUUAGAGAGGAGCUGCAGGCGUAUCCUGAUCAUCCAGAGAGAUUUGGUGGGUGGUGUCUGCAGGUUCUGAGUAGAGAGAGAGUAACUGGACGCUGUUACUGGGAGGCUGAGUGGAACGGAGAAGGAGCUGCUGUAGCUCUGAGUUAUGAAACCAUCAGCAGGAAAGGACCAGAGUCAGAAUGUGGGUUUGGAUAUAAUAUAAACUCCUGGAGACUGAGCUGCUAUAAUAACAGAUACACUGUUCAUCACAACAAUAACAGAACUGAUUUUCCACCUCCUCCCUCCGGCUGUAGGAGAGUAGGAGUGUAUGUGGACUGUCCCGCCGGCACUCUGUCCUUCUACAGAGUCUCCUCUGACACACACUCACACACUCUCACACACUUACACACAUUCUACACCACCUUUACUCAGCCCCUCUAUGCAGGGUUUUAUGUUUAUUAUGGCUCCUCAGUGCAUCUGUGUAAGAUAGAAUAACCCUGUAUGUUAAUCUGUGUGUUACUGUAACUGAUGGAGUGUAUGUUAUGGUAAAUUUGCCAGAACCUUUAUUUGAACUACUGAUAUCUUUAUUAUCUACUGUUGUCAUAUUUUCUUUAGUUAUAGUUAUUGUUGUAAUACUUUGCUAAUAGUGUUGUUAUUGCACUCAUUCCAAUAAAACUACAUUAAAACUUGAGUGGAUCUGGAUCUUCAAUGGACUGCAUUAACCAGAAUCCCACUCCCUCUCACAUGCCCCCCUUCAACCAUCCAUGGCAGCUGUGACUGAUUACUGACUCCAUUCACCUGUACUUGAUUGUCUGUGUUUGUAUAUAAGGCCUGUUUGUCUUAUUUGCUCCUAGCAAGGUAUUGUAAAAACUUUGUUAAAUAAUUUUGUUAAAUGACCUUUUUGCCUGAUUUUUUUACCCUACCUCUGCCCAAUGUGCUUGUCUUUGCUGUGUAUGUGUUUUACCUCAUCUGGCUUUUUGACCUCUCUUUUGGAUUACCCUUCAAAUAUUAAACCUGUUUGCUGGUUUUA